UGGAAGCGAGCGACUGCAAAAUCUGACGCACACUGCCGGCUUCAUGUCUUCCUAAAUUUCUGCUGGAAAAUUAACCCGAGUCUGGUUUCAUGAAGAGCAAUUUAAAAAACUCUUUCCAUGGAGAAGCCAAGAAGGACUACUUUUAAUCCAUGACCUGAAGACUUCCUUUAUCUUCUUGCACCAAAAACUAGAGUCUAGAUCUCCACCAUCACUUCAAAAAUCAGGGAGUUUCCUGUAAGAGGAUGAGAAGAUAAAACCUGAGGAAGAUGCCUACAGCCGGACAGAUUCAUCCAGGAAUGCCGGAGAGCAUUCAGGGUCAGAAAGCCAUCGCCGUGACCCUCGUCUUCCUCACCUCCUCUCUUUAGCCAACAUGAGGAAGCCGUUUCCUACACACUCUCUUCUUCUGAGAUCCUCCGGAAGUCUCUGAAGAGCUGUUAGGGUUGAAGAUUUCUGCAGGAUGGAGGGAACUCGGAAGGUCCUGGGAAUUCUGGGAUUUCUCUGCCUGUGGAUUACAGCUCAGGCUCAGAUGAAGAUCCCACCGGAGACGGUGCAGCAGUGGGCGUCUGUGUUUUCCGUUCAGCUGCGAGAAUUAACCACCAAAUACUCUGGCUCCCAGCUGCUGCAGAAAAAACUGAAGGACGUGGAGUCCAUCGUUAAGAUGGUGGAUCUGAACGGGAACGACCUGGUGAAGGAUUACUCUGACGAGAUCGAGCGAAUGUUGGGGAGCAAGAUGAAGUCGGUGAAGAGGUUGGCGGAGUCUGCAGAGGACGCUGACCUGUACCACGAGUUCAACGCCACAUUACAGUUUGAUUACUAUAACUCGAUGCUGAUAAACUCAGUGGACGAGGACGGGAACAGUCCGGAUAUGGGCUCUGAGUUUCCUCUGGAGGAGAACGAGCACUUCAACAACCUGCCGGUCAACAUGCUGCUGAGCGACAUCCAGGUGCCCACCAACGUCUACAACAAAGAUCCGAACAUCCUGAAUGCGAUCUAUAACUCGGAGGCGCUGAACGAUGUUUUCAUCAGUAACUUCCUGAAAGAUCCCACGCUCACCUGGCAGUUCUUCGGCAGCUCCACCGGGUUCUUCCGGAUCUUUCCCGGUAUUAAAUGGACUCCAGACUCUAACGGUGUUGCUGCUUUCGACUGCAGGAACAGAAACUGGUACAUCCAGGCCGCCACGUCUCCCAAAGACAUCAUCAUCAUGGUGGACAUCAGCGGCAGCAUGAAGGGUCUGAAGAUGACGAUUGCAAAACACACCAUCAACACCAUCCUGGACACACUGGGGGAGAAUGACUUUGUCAACGUCAUCGCUUACACAGAUUACGUGCGCUACGUGGAGCCGUGCUUCAAAGGAACCCUGGUGCAGGCUGACCUGGACAACAGAGAGCACUUUAAGCAGCUGGUGGACGAGCUGCACGUGAAGGGAGAGGCGAAGAUCAACAAGGCCAUGAAGGAGUCCUUCAAGAUCCUCAACGAGGCGAGGAUGAAGGGGCAGGGCUCCAUGUGUAACCAGGCCAUCAUGCUGAUCACUGACGGAGCCAUGGAGGACUUCCAGGCUGUCUUCGAGGAGUUCAACUGGCCCGAGCGCAGGGUGCGAGUGUUCACCUACCUGAUCGGCAGAGAGAUGACCUUCGCUCAGAACACAAAGUGGAUCGCCUGCAACAACAAAGGUUACUACACACACAUCUCCACGCUGGCCGACGUGCAGGAGAACGUGAUGGAGUAUCUGCACGUCCUCAGCCGGCCGAUGGUCAUCAACCACGACCAUGACAUCAUCUGGACCGAGGCCUACAUGGACUCUGUGCUUCCCAACACCAUGGAGCUGUUCACCACCAAGGCUCAGAGUCUGCUGAUGAUGACCUCUGUGGCCAUGCCGGUGUUCAGCAAGAAGAAGGAAACGCUGUCUCACGGCAUCCUGCUGGGUGUGGUCGGCACCGACAUCCCCCUGAUGGAGGUGAUGAAGCUCGCUCCCAGAUACAUGCUGGGUCCUCACGGCUACGCCUUCCUCAUCACCAACAACGGCUACAUCCUGGCGCACCCCGACCUCCGACCUCUGUACAAAGACGGGAAGAAGCUGAAGCCGAAGCCGAACUACAACAGUGUGGACAUGUCUGAGGUGGAGUGGGAGGACACAGACGAGACGCUGAGGACGGCGAUGGUGAGGGGAGAGACGGGCAGCAUGAGACUGAGCGUCAGAGCUUCAGUGGAUAAAGCGAAACGCCCUCUGUUCCUCGUUAACGAUUACUUCUACACAAACAUCGAUGAAACACCUUUCAGCUUCAGCAUGGUGCUGACCAGAGGUUACGGGAAGCUGAUGUACUUUGGAAAUGUGUCUGUGGAGGAAGGGCUGCACGACCUGACCUCCCCCGACCUCAGCAUCGCCACCGAGUGGACGUACUGCGUGACAGACAUCGACCCGAGCCACAGGAAGUUCUCUCAGCUUCAGGCUGCCAUCCGCUACCUGCUGGGGCUGGAGCCGGACCUGGAGUGUGACGAGGUGCUGCUGCAGCACGUGCUGUUCGACGCGGUGGUGACGGCGCCGAUGGAGGCGUACUGGAACGCUCUGAUGCUCAACGACAAGGUGGAGCCGGGGGUUGAGACGGCGUUCCUGGGUACUCGCUCCGGCCUGAUGAGGGUCACACGAUACGCCGGAGUGGAGAGCAGAGUGGCAAAGAGGUUUCUGACGGCGGCUGAUAAAGACAACCUGUUCACCAUGGAUCACUUCCCGCUGUGGUACCGCCUCGCCGCGGAAAACACUCCCGGGAGCUUCUACUAUUACCCCGUCAACGACAAAGGAGUGAAGUACGUGAUCGCGGUGACGUCAGCGAUCGUUUCCUCCGAAGGGAAGACGGCCAUGGCUGGAGCCAUCGGGAUACAGAUGUCCUUGGAAUUGCUGGAGAAGAGGUUGUGGGCCAUCGCCAAGCAGCCCAGCAACACAGAUUGUUCCACCAUCGAGGGAGUUUGUCCUCUGAGCUGUGAGAGCAUCGAUCUGAACUGUUUCCUGGUGGACAACAAUGGCUUCGUCCUGCUGUCCAAAGACAGGAGUGAGGUGGGUCGGUUCUUCGGGGAGGUGGACGGCUCGACGAUGGCGUCGCUGAUCAAGAUGGGGAUGUUCAAAAAAGUGUCAUUGUUCGACUACCAGGCGAUGUGUAGGAACAGCCAUCACCACGGCAACAGCGCCCGGCCUCUGCUCAGCCCGUUCUACGCCGUCGCUGCGCUGCUGAAGUGGAUCUUCACCAACGCUCUCAUGUUCCUGCUGGAGUUUAACUUCUGCGGCCUGUGGCACUCUGAUUACUUUGUGGACGCCAAGGCCGGCUAUCAUACCAGUCACAAGACUAAGAAGGUGGACGCUCUGCAGCCCUGCGACACGGCGUACCCCGGCUUCAUGUAUGACUCGUCGGUCAGAGAGGCAAACAGCCUGAUCAAGUGUGGACGCUGCCAGAAGAUGUUCGUGGUGCAGCAGAUCCCGGACAGUAACCUGGUUCUGGUUGUUGCUCAGGCAGACUGCGACUGCUCCCGUCAGUACGGAGCCAUCCCGCUGGAGCCCAAAGAGAUCAAAUAUAUCGCCACAGUGAAGUGCAACCGGAUGAAAUCCCAGAAGGUGAGGAGGAGACCGGAGUCCUGCCACUCCUACCACCCUAAGGAAAACGCUAAGGAGUGCGGCGGGGCGGCGUCCAUCCUCCCGUCUCUCUGCGUCCUGUCGUCCUCGCUGCUCGCCUCCACGCUGCUCCGCCAUUGGACGUAGACGGACCAAUCAGGAAGCAGGAUAACCAAACGUCCAGCAGGUAGCCAGAGGAGGGUAUUCACUUCCAAACAGAGACUCACAGCGGUGGAUCUAAAGGGCUAUUCCUCUUUUUUUAAGACUCUUCCUGAAUUAGUAUUACAGAGGAACAAGGAGGCGUCACUCUGAUGGAAAUCUGACGGACGGACGUGCAGCUGGAGUGGCUCUCCACUCAAAGAAUGUAUUGUCUGUGUAGCUUCUUUUUAUACAGAAAUAUUGUACACAAAAUACACUUUUACAUUCAGAACAUCGUCAAAGGUCGACAGGAAACUCAGAGGAGUCCAAAGCAGACGUGUUUUUGUGGAUUCAUCUCCUGAAUUCAUCCUCACAGCACUUCCAGAAGAUUAAUACCAAAAACACGUCUAGAUUUUUAUAAAACACAUCAGCCACACGUCACACUUUGGAAGAGAUUUCCUGGAGAAUCCUCUUGAUUUUUUAGGGGAGAAAUGAAAACUUUUCCCGGUUGUUUUUGUAAUUUGAACCUGAAUUUGGUUUAAAGUUGCAUUAAACAACAUGUUUGUAUUUAUUAGUUAUUUAGAACAAUAGUUUCAACACAAUUUAAAUGACUGUUAGCGUGUGAAGCAGGUUGAAACUACACCAUGAAACAGUCAUUUCAAACGCUGUAAUGGUUAGACCUCUUUUAAAAACACACCUGUUUGGUUUUAAAGGCGUGUUUUCAGACCCAUGAAUUAGCAGAAUGAUUGUAACUGGGUGGGUUUCAGGCUCCAGUGGUUUGACAUAUUACUGGUAACAAUUUCACAUUUUUAAUGAACCAUAAAUGCAGUUUUUUGGUAUAAAAUUGACUUAAAAAUAAUGAUAAAAUACGCUGGAAUUAUUACAUUUUAUAACAAAUCCUCUGUCAAAGGUAAAUCAUUUUACUUUCCUUAAACUCGUUUUUUUACAGUUAUUUAACGGAACUUGUGGUACUCAUAACCUGGUUUAUUCUCAUUAUUGUGUCCGAUCUUCGUCAUGCAGGUGUUGUUAAACUCUGUUGUAGAGAAUCAGGAAACGUGACUCAAAUUAGCUAAAAAUGAACCAUCAUGUCUUUUUUUUUUUCGAUUUCCCAAAUCUUUUCAGAAAAGUUGAUUUUGAUUAUUAAUAUUGCAGCUCCUACA